UCCCUGGGAACUCAGGUCCACUGUCCCCGGGUCCUCCACCCUCCAGUACCCUGGCAACCCGGGAAUUUAGUACUCUGCCACCCCGGGAACUCGGCUCUGCUGAUCCCGGCUCACGGGGAACUCAGCACUCCAUCAUCCCGGGAAUUCAUCUCCGCUGACCCCAUCUCUUUGAAAACCCCGUACCACAGCUCCAUGGGAACUCAGCUCUGCUGACCCCGGCUCCUCCAUAACCCAGUACCCCAGCUUCCUGGGGAUUCAUCUCCACUGAUCCCAGCUCCUCCAUAACCCGGUAGCCCAGCUCCCCGGGCACUCAGUGCUCAGCUCCCCUGGAACUCAUCUCUGCUGACCCCAGCUCCUCCAUAACCGGAUACACCGGCUCCCCAGGAGCUCCCAUCCACAGCACUCCGGCUUCCCAAUAGCUCCCUACUCCCGGCACCCCAGCACCGACCAUACCUUGGCUCCCUGGUGCUCCAGCUCCCUCUUAGCCCCGUUCCUCGGGCUCCCAUAACUGCAUCCCCAUCUUCCCUACUCCUUGUGCCCCGGAGCCCCCAGCUAACCCCGGUUGUCCCAGCUCCACAGCUGCUGUGCCCAACGGCUCCCCGGCCCCCGGGCUCCCGGGCCCCCUGGAACCGAGGCCAUGGCGUUCAUGGUGAAGAGCAUGGUGGGGGGGCAGCUGAAGAACCUGACGGGAGGCCUUGGCGGCGAGGAGAAGAGUGAGGGCGAGAAGUCUCCGGCAGAGGCACAGGGCAUGACCCGCGAGGAGUAUGAGGAAUAUCAACGGCAGCUGGUGGAGGAGAAGAUGGAGAGAGAUGCCCAGUUUGCCCAGCGCAAGGCGGAGAGAGCCACGGUCAGGUCCCACUUCCGAGACAAGUACAGGCUCCCCAAGAACGAAACGGAUGACAACCAGAUCCAGCUGGUAGGAGGUGACGUGGAGCUGCCCAAAGAGCUGGCCAAGAUGAUCGAGCAGGACAACGAGGAGGAGGAAGAGAAGAACUCGGUUAUCGGUCAGCUCAGCAACAUCCAGAACCUGGACCUUGAUUCCUUGAAGGACAAAGCUUCGGCCACGCUAGAGGACCUGAAGCAAUCGGCGGAAAAAUGCGCCGUGAUGUAAUGGGGCCGGAGAAGAACAAAGUGAUAAGGGAAGAUCUCCUUCUCCUCCCCCUCCAUCGUGCUGUAGCUGUGCGCUGUGCUCGGUUGAGUGUCCCUCCACCUCCUGUGCUAUCCCCAUGCCAUGGUACUGUUAUAACCGGUGGAAUAAAUACCAGGAGAUGUC